CCCCCUUUCGAGCCUCAAACGCAGACUCUCAUUUUACUCAUUCAACAACAACGAACACAAAUAGUAACCUCCAUUUCCAACUUUGAUUUUUUCUUCUCUAUUUCAUACAACAAGUUAAAUAAACAGAUUAAUUAAACUGUGUUUAUUUUUUCUCUUUUUGAGCGCGUUGAUUUAAAAACCGUUGCAGAUAUGGGUUUAGGGUUUGAUAGUUACAGUUAUGGACGUGCACUUGGAAGGAAGAGGGUUGUUGUUUCCAAUAACCAUGAAUCUUCUUCUAGUGAAGAUGAAUCGAUUCCAGUGAUGUCUCCAUUGAAGAGAAUGUGCAGCGGAAAGUUCAAUUCUGUUUCUGAGAAAUCUCGUCUUGAAGCCCUCCCUCAAGAUGUUCUUGUUAGGGUUUUGUGUGGUGUGGAUCAUGAUGAUUUGGAUCAAGUUUUUGAAGUCUCUACAACAAUUAGAGAAGCAAGUGAGAUUGCUAAACAGAUGCAUUUUGAGUUCAGUACUCCAAAGAAAAACACUGUUGCUGCUGUUCGUUCACCGUUCGAUACUGAAAAUGCUUCUGAUGAAAUUGAAGCUCCAAAUGCACCAUUGAUGUUGAAGAAAUCUAAUUCAAGGUUGAGUACUAGGAAACUUGCUGAUAUCUCGGUUACACUGUUUCCUUGAUUUGAUUAAAAUCACAGAGGGGAAGAGAAGCAUUAGCUUGCUUGAUUUGAGUAUAUUUGUAGAGAAUAGAAGCAUAAGUUAUGAGGAAGUGAAACACAGUUCUGUUGUGUUUUGGAUUAGGUUGAGUAAAUAGAUUGCUCUUUUUGUUCUUGUAUAUUGAACAACUAUACUUUAGACAAGGGUUUCUUAGAGGUUCAGGAUCUUCAAAUCUUUGGUUGAAGAUUGAUUUGUUUUUCUGUUUUCUGUACAUCUAUAGGCUUAAUAGAUUGUGACAGAUUCUAUGCAUUUUGUUUGGAGGGAUAGAUAUCAUAGGCCCUGCCCCUUCUAGUAGGCUGAUAAAUUUGAGUGUGUAUAGAUACCAAUUGCAUACUCUUUAUGCUUUUUGAUCAAUGAUUAAUGUUAUUGUUUUUCCUUUGGUUAUUAAA